UAAGAGGCAAGCAGCGCGAGAAUGAGAGAAAUCGUCCACAUUCAGGCUGGCCAAUGUGGCAACCAGAUCGGUGCCAAGUUUUGGGAGGUCAUCAGUGAUGAGCAUGGGAUUGACCCCAGUGGAAAUUAUGUGGGUGACUCAGACCUGCAGCUGGAGAGGAUUAGUGUCUACUACAAUGAAGCUUCUUCUCUUAAAUAUGUACCCAGAGCCAUCCUAGUGGAUUUGGAACCAGGCACAAUGGACAGUGUUCGAUCAGGGCCUUUUGGACAUCUCUUCAGACCAGACAAUUUUAUCUUUGGGCAAAGUGGAGCUGGAAACAACUGGGCAAAGGGUCAUUACACAGAAGGUGCAGAGCUUGUAGACUCUGUCCUUGAUGUGGUGAGAAAAGAAUGUGAAAAUUGUGACUGUUUGCAAGGUUUUCAGCUUACUCACUCUCUGGGUGGAGGUACAGGAUCUGGCAUGGGAACACUGCUCAUUAGCAAAGUACGAGAGGAAUAUCCUGACCGAAUCAUGAAUACUUUCAGUGUUGUUCCUUCUCCAAAAGUCUCUGACACAGUGGUAGAACCAUACAAUGCCACCCUCUCCAUCCACCAACUUGUGGAAAACACAGAUGAAACCUACUGCAUAGAUAAUGAAGCGCUCUAUGACAUCUGCUUCCGGACCCUCAAACUUGCAACACCCACUUAUGGAGACCUCAAUCAUUUGGUAUCAGCUACCAUGAGUGGGGUCACCACUUCCCUGAGAUUUCCAGGACAGCUCAAUGCCGAUCUUAGAAAGCUUGCAGUGAACAUGGUACCUUUCCCUCGUCUCCACUUCUUUAUGCCAGGAUUUGCUCCUCUUACUGCCCGAGGAAGCCAACAAUACAGGGCAUUAACUGUCCCAGAACUCACUCAGCAGAUGUUUGAUGCCAAAAAUAUGAUGGCUGCUUGUGAUCCCCGUCAUGGUAGGUACCUUACAGUGGCCACAGUCUUCAGGGGCAAGAUGUCCAUGAAGGAAGUUGAUGAGCAGAUGUUAGCUAUCCAGAGCAAGAACAGCAGCUACUUUGUGGAAUGGAUUCCCAACAAUGUUAAGGUUGCUGUCUGUGAUAUUCCACCUCGUGGACUCAAGAUGUCCUCCACUUUCAUUGGAAACAGUACUGCUAUCCAGGAGCUUUUCAAGCGAAUCUCAGAGCAGUUCACAGCUAUGUUCCGCAGGAAGGCAUUCUUGCACUGGUACACUGGUGAAGGUAUGGAUGAGAUGGAGUUUACUGAAGCAGAGAGUAAUAUGAAUGACCUAGUUUCUGAAUACCAACAGUACCAAGAUGCUACAGCUGAUGAAGAAGGGGAGAUGUAUGAGGAUGAUGAAGAAGAAUCUGAAGCACAUGGUCCAAAAUGAAAUGUGAAUCAUUCAUUGUCCAGGAGAGGAUUUGAAAACAGUUUACCCUAGAUCUUCACAUCAGGCUUUUACUUGUCUUUAUUACGAGUUAGCUCAGUUAUAGAUUACUUGCUUCUGGCUAGCCUUAUCCUGUUAUCCUCUUUACACUCAGUAUUGGUCAACAACCAACUCUGUAUAAGUUCUGGAUAUUUAAAACUCCAACUUUAUUUUAAUAACAUGAAUUCCUGAUUUUAUUUUUUACUGUUUUGCCAGUUUAUUUUUUUGAAUAUUUAAUAAAUUAUUGCUGUGAAACAUUUUCUGAUGUUGUGU